GUCGUUAUCAAGAUCAAGCCACUUUGUGUGUACUCCUUGCACACAAAAAGCGAAGCCCAGAAAGAUUGCAACUUUCUGAGAAAUCAUGAAGACGUCAACGAUCUCCUUCUUCAUCUUCUUCUUCAUUUGCUCCGUCCCUUGGUAUUCAACUCGGGGCGGUGAUCCGGGUUCCGGGUCGGGUCAUGCGUCGCUGGCCGGCGGGUUGCUGGAAUCCGCAAAGGAACCCGAGUUCUUCGAGUGGAUGAGAGGGCUGAGGAGGAGAAUCCAUGAGAAUCCCGAAUUAGGGUUUGAGGAAUUCAAGACGAGCCAACUCGUCCGAGACGAGCUUGACUCGCUCGGAGUUAAAUACAAGUGGCCGGUGGCGAAAACCGGCGUCGUGGCUUGGAUCGGAUCCGGGUCUAAACCCGUCUUCGGGCUCAGGGCCGACAUGGACGCCCUCCCGUUACAGGAACUUGUGGAAUGGGGAUCGAAGAGCAAAAUCGAUGGGAAAAUGCACGCUUGUGGUCACGAUACUCACGUGGCUAUGCUUCUCGGAGCAGCUAAGCUACUUCAGAGCAGAAGACACCAACUUAAGGGAACUGUGAAACUGGUGUUCCAACCGGGCGAAGAAGGGUAUGCUGGUGCCUACCACAUGCUACAAGAUGGGAUUUUGGAUGACUUGGAUGGGAUUCUCAGCAUACACGUCUUGCCGACACUUCCAAGCGGUGGUAUUGGCUCCAGGCCGGGCCGAAUUCUUGCAGGUGCCGGGCUAUUUACCGUCAGAAUUCAAGGACAAGGGGGUCAUGCAGCUACUCCGCACUUAGCCAAGGACCCUAUUCUGGCAGCUUCCUCCUCUGUAGUUGCUCUUCAACAGAUAGUUUCUCGCGAAAUGGAUCCUCUUGAAUCAGGGGUGGUAACAGUUGGCUACAUUGAAGGAGGUCAUGCUCAGAACGUAAUUCCAGAAACGGCUAAAUUCGGGGGAACCUAUCGAAGCUUGAGCAACGAGGGCCUUUUACACAUCCAGAAACGAAUCAAAGAGAUCGUGGAGGCACAAGCAUCGGUCCAUCAAUGCAGAGCAGAGGUAGAUUUCGAGGAAAAAAUGCCAUCUCUCCACCCGGUUAUGAUGAACGACGAGGGAUUAUACGAGCACGGGAAGGAAGUGGCGGAAGCCUUGGUUGGGGAGAAGAACUUCCACGAUUUUAAGGUGACGAUGGGCGGAGAAGAUUUCAGCUUCUUCACUCAGAAAACAUCGGCAGUUAUAUUCGUCGUCGGGAUAAAGAACGAGACUCUCGGGUCCGGCAAGUCACUGCACUCGCCCUACUUCUUCGUCGACGAGGAAGCUCUCCCCGUUGGAGCUGCCUUCCACGCUGAAAUGGCGAUGUCCUAUUUGGAUAAACACAGUGUUCAGACCGAGUAGAAACUGAAGUAGUUACCUCAGUUGUUGUGUCUGAGAAUUGUAAUAAUCUGGGAGAUUACUGCGAGAAGUAUAUGCAGAAUCGUAGUAAUCCAUCCUUGUUGCCUUCUUCAUGGUCUAAAGUUGGAGAGGGAAUAUCGGAGAGGUGGUAUGACUUGGUUUGGAUAUUUCGGGUUUGGUUCGGUUUUAUUUGGAUUCGACUCUUUUGGUUUUAGAAUGUUUAUAUUUGUUCGGUUUUCGAUUUC